UCUGUGGGUGGUCUGGGCGGAUGCGUGUUCUGCUUGCGGCCCUUCAUAAUUUUUGUUAUUUUCUGGGAGUUUGAGUGACGCUCCGUUGCAAUCUGGUUGCGGAAGUGAAGCGCUUUCGUUCGUUACCUGCCCAUCGGCAGGUGGCGUUUAGAUUUGUGGGACUUCCAAUCGUCCGGGUCAACGCUACGAGAAUAGCGGACGCCGGACAGGAACCACCCGGCCGUUAUCGGGAGCAGGUGCUUCUCCCUGGCUUGAAGUCAGGUAUCCGUUUGGUGACAACAUUGGUGAAGGCUAUUGUUACCAAUGGAGCAAGAGUCCAGCAAGGAUGAGAGCUCCGGCCGCCAAUCACAACAACCUGCUGGUGGCACUGCAUUCGAAACAACAUCUGAAGAGGAGACAUUCGAAACAACAUCUGAAGAGGAGACAGCGUCUGAAGAGGAGAGUGAGGACGAGUAUCGACCACCAAAGAUGGCAAAGUACAGUGCUCACUACUACUCAACCAAUGCACCUCAUCCAGAUCUGGUGAGAGCAUGUGAAGAUGACAAUGUGGAACAAGUCCGACAAACCGUGAAUAUCGGCACUCCAACUGAACCUGUGACUAGACCGGAUCUCUUGGAACAAGUGCCGAAGUCAUACUUUUACGAUCCGUUUGAGGGAAUUCCCAUGACAAUCAUGGCUCUUCUGAUACUGGCAGCAUGCUACUAUGGCAGCAUUCAUUGUGUCCAGUUUUUACUGUGGUGUAAUCCGUCGCUCUUGCACGGCAAAGUUAUGUUCAACGUCUAUAAUGAGCCACGGCAGGACUGCGAACCAGUAUCACUUCUACAUGUCUGCGCGUUCCGUGGACAUAAAGCACUGUGUGAGCUGCUGAUAAAAAAGGGUGUCGACGUUAAUGUCCAAGAUAAGUAUGGUAGGACACCAUUCCACAUGGCAGCAAUGAAAGGUCAUGUGUCCAUACUAGAAUAUCUACUUAGUGCUGGACAUCCAUUGGAAGCGAAAGAUUCGACUGGUAGUACACCAUUCCACUUUGCAGCAUACGGAGGUCAUGUGUCCGUACUAGAACAUCUACUUAAUGCUGGACACCCAUUGGAAGCGAAAAAUCCGGAUGAUGAAACACCAUUACAUUAUGCAGCAUGUAGUGGUCAUAUUUCUGUAGUAGAAUAUCUUCUCACUUCUGGACAUUCGUUGGAACCAAAGAAUAAUAUUGACAGCACACCAUUACACAUUGCAGCAGAGAAUGGUCAUGUUUCCGUAGCAGAGUAUCUACUUAAUUCUGGACAUUCGUUGGACCCAAAGAAUAAUCACUACCAGACCAAGCUGUGGUCCAUGUGUGGCGUCAUUGUAGCAAUUGGCAGUCGGCACGACUACCGUAAACCGCCCAAUAUCGGAGUCACUAAUUUUUCGUGA